AUGAACCACUGCCAUCCCAGCUCUCAUCACGGUGGCUCAUUAUCAGAAAAGAACUCACAAGCUUGCAAGCUCUCAAUACUUUGGUGGUACAACCAAGGUAACACCUCUCAAACCACAUGGAGUACCUCGUCAGUGGAAUUUCACGGCUUUUCUGAUACUUCUCAACUGGCAAUGGCUGCAGUCGUAUUUAUCACCGUCCACGGCUCUAAUGGUGCCACGAUUUCAUUGAUGUGCUCCAAAACCAAGGUAGCACCGCUCAAGCGGCUCACCAUCCCGAGACUUGAACUCACCGCAGCACAGCUGCUCUCAAGACUCAUGCCAUACGUUCAAGCCACCUUGAAGUUGAACGUUACAGCAACUCACCUGUGGACGGACUCUGUUGUGACACUCACGUGGAUCAAAUCUCAUGCAUCGCGCUGGAAGGAUUUCGUGAGAAAUCGAGUUUCUCAAAUUCAAGAGCUCACUGCGAACGCACAUUGGAAAUACGUACCAGCAUGGCCAUCUCAACCCGCGCUUCCGGACGAGUUGAACGGUCAUGAGGCUCGUCCUGGCAUUGCUCUAUAUGCAGCUGCAUCUCAGCCGGAUUAUCAUCUCAUAUACAAGUUUAUCGCUCUCUUGAGAGGGUUCUGGGACGGGUUGUUGGACUCGCACUCUGCUUUGGAGAAGGCCAGAUUUUUUUGGAUCAAGGCUACUCAAGCGGCAUACUUCACGCACGAGAUCAAGAUGCUCACGGCCAACUCGAGACUACCAACUGCUCACGCAUUCAGUCGAUUGACUGCGUAUAUAGACGCUCAAGGGAUCAUCCGAGUUGGCGGCCGCCUCAACCAAUCAGCACUAGCUCAAGACAACAAACAUCAGGCGAUUUUGCCUCGCCACUCACGGUUCUCAACCUUGAUCAUUGCACACGCCCAUCUGCGUACCCUGCAUGGAAGAACACAGCUGACAUUGGCUUAUGUCAGGCACCAAUACUGGAUCAUCGGCGGACGGGCUUCGGUGAAGUCUCAUAUUUUACGGUGUGUCGGUGUGCUCGGCAGAGGGGGAUCCGUGCUCAUCAACUGA